AUGGAUACGUUGAUACUAGAGGAGUCGAGCCUGACGUUCCCUAGUCCUAGAGAGCCGUUAGGGACAGGAGGAGGUGGGUCAGUGGAGAAGGCAUCCUAUGCUGGAGGGACUGUCGCAGCAAAAUGCCUCCAUGUACAGCAAGAUAAUGUCGCCUUAGAACAAUUCAAACGAGAAGUCUCUUAUUUGGCUUCAUUCCGACAUCCAAAUAUCGUCUUUCUCUAUGGCUAUACCGACAGCAUCAAGAUACAUCCGUUCCGCUACAUGGUCAUGGAAUAUUUGAAUGGUGGAUCAUUGGACACCAAGUUGUCGAGUUUGGUCAAGGAGUGGCCGAAACGAUACAAGAUUGCGGUAGAUGUAGUAGCAGGUCUAUGUCUGAUUCAUUCAAAGGGUGUAAUACAUCGGGAUUUAAAGUCUGCCAAUGUCUUGCUGGAUGACAAUGGCACAGCCAAGUUGGCCGAUUUCGGUUUGGCAAAGACCAGUCACUCGAAUUCCAUGUCUCGAGUGGUUGGAACCCCAGCAUAUAUCGCACCUGAAGCAACUGGAACCGGUGGCAAAGUGUCUGUCAAAAGCGACAUUUGGUCACUAGGAGUACUGUUGACGGAGAUCGCGUCGUGUGUUGGGCCGUUUGGAGUAGCAUCAAGCAAGCUGACUGCUGGAAAUAUCUUGUGGUUUCAGAAGGGAAACAAACCCAAUAUGACCAACUGGACCUGUCCACCCAAAUUUAAAGAUUUGAUUACUCGCUGUCUAUCCAUCAGUGCCGAUGAACGACCUACGGCCGCGGAGGUCAAAUUGUACUUGGAAGAAAACAAGAGCGACAUUUCCGAUAUAUUUGGUACACCACGACAGGACGUACAUGAUACUUCUGCCUUGUCUGAUGCUUUGGACGAGUACGCCAGACGAUUUGCACCGAUUCCUCGAUGGCAGUGCUUGCAAGGAUAUGGACCUCAUGCCUUCUUCAUCAGAGCCGAGUGUGAUGGUAUGAACGCCAAGCUACUGCACUAUAUGCUAUCGCCGGUUGGAAUGCAUGCCUACCUAGAUGUAGAGUGUCUGCAAAUAGGAGAAUCCUAUCAGGGCGAUUUCGUGGCUGGUUUGAUGCGUUCACGCGUCAUUAUUCUGAUAAUCUCGAAAGAGGCCGUGUCCCGCUUCAGCACGGCCGAUAAAAUUGGAGACAAUUGGGAACGAGCUUUGGAAAUGCAUAGAAAUCGCCAAGCUUUGGUCUAUCCUGUGCUUUUGAGUAGUCGUGAUGGAUCAGGUGGAAUGCUGACAUUUGAAAAUUGGGAUGUCUCUGUGUAUCCCGAUACCAAACACGUACAUCCAAAGAGUAGAAGUCAUGAUACCAUUCGACAAACCAUUGCAGCCAUAUUUAGACUUCAAGGCGUCAAAGUAUACGGAAUCGACAAGAGUCUCAUCCCUGGUUUACAAGCGGUAUACCAGAAGCAAGUGGCUGUGGACUCGGACAGAAGUGGCGUAUUGGCUGAGAGAGCCUUCCAAGGUUCCUACUAUGCUAAUGCGGUAUAUUGGGCGAAAAUGUCUAUGGAGCUGUCUGGAAAUCCUCUUGGAUAUUACAUUUAUGGCCGAUGUGUCCAAGAUGGACUAGGUGACGAAAUGAGGAAUGAACCUCUGGCCGUGGAACUGUAUCAAAAGGCCGCUCUGUUGGGACAUCCGGAAGCUGCUAAACGAUUGUUAGAGAGAAAGGUGGUGGAUUCCUUGCCUUCGCCGUCGUCAGCAGGAUCGACCAAUGUCAGUCUCUCUGGAUCGGAAAGCAGUACGGCAAUGAAUCUUCUGCGAGACUUUCCUCAAGUCCAAAAGUUUUGGAGAGAUUCUUUUGGACAUGUUGACGUUGUAGACUCUACCCGCUUUAUGAAUGUCCUACGUCUAUCGAGCCGAGGCUUGGCCCAGAAGCUGAAAUCCAAUGUCGUCGAGGCAGCCGAAUUUCGGCAGUCGUUGUCACAAACCAAAGAAAAUGAAAUUUGGGCCCACGACAUUGCCAACUUUUUGAUAGAUCAUGAUGCGGAGGCUGGUGCACGUCUGGAUGUCGUAUCCGUCAACACUUUGGAUGAACUUGUGCAGGAACGAGUUCGAAAGGAGGAAGACGAACGGAAACGACAACUGAAGGCUCAACAAGAGGCCGAAGAACAGGCUCGACAAGAGGCAGCUGCAGCCCCCAUGUUGGGGGCUGCGACGAAGGCACGUCGUGAAGCAGAGGAACGGGCUCGACAAGAAGCGGAGGAACGGAAUCGACAGCAAAUGGCAGAUACUAAGGCCCGUAUUGCAAAGUAUCCUUUUCUUUCUGGGUUGGAGAACCAAAGCCGCUGGGAUUUAAAUGGUAAAAGUAUUGGAGAUGAUGGAGCUAGAGCCAUUGCAGAUGCAUUGAAAGGCAACACCACCAUGACGAAGCUCGGCCUUGGUGGCAACAGCAUUGGAGAUGUUGGAGCUAGAGCUAUUGCAGAUGCAUUGACAGGCAAUAUAACCAUGUCGGAGCUCUACCUUGGUGACAACAGGAUUGGAGCUGAUGGAGCUAGAGCCAUUGCAGAUGCAUUGAAAGGCAACACCACCAUGACGGUGCUCAGCCUUGGUGACAACAGCAUUGGAGAUGUUGGAGCUAGAGCCAUUGCAGAUGCAUUGACAGGCAAUACAACCAUGACGAAGCUCGGCCUUGAAGACAACAGCAUUGGAGCUGGUGGAGCUAGAGCUAUUGCAGAUGCAUUGAAAGAAAAUGCAACCAUGACGGAGCUCUACCUUCAUAACAACAGGAUUGGAGAUGUUGGAGCUAGAGCCAUUGCAGAUGCAUUGAAAGGCAACACCACCAUGACGGUGCUCAGCCUUUAUAACAACAGCAUUGGAGAUGUUGGAGCUAGAGCCAUUGCAGAUGCAUUGAAAUGCACCACCACCAUGACGAAGCUCGGCCUUGGUGACAACAACAUUGGAGCUGCUGGAGCUAGAGCCAUUGCAGAUGCAUUGACAGGCAAUAUAACCAUGACGGUGCUCAGCCUUGGUGGCAACAGGAUUGGAGAUGUUGGAGCUAGAGCUUUUGCAGAUGCAUUGACAGGCAAUACAACCAUGUCAGAGCUCUACCUUGGUGGCAACAGCAUUGGAGAUGUUGGAGCUAGGGCUAUUGCAGAUGCAUUGACAGGCAAUACAACCAUGUCGGAGCUCUACCUUGGUGGUAACAGCAUUGGAGCCUCUACUCAGAGCUACAUUAAGAAAACCUUGCCUUCGGUUUCUGUUUCAAUGUAG